AUGAAGCCUGUUUCCAUCUUAGCCCUCUUGUUUGUUCUCAUCUUUGUGCUCCUCGGAAUACCAACGAUAAAAGCCCAGCUACAUGAAAAUUGCCUUCAGGAAUACGUUCCAGCUAGCGCUGCCGAAUUCGAUGGUUUCACUUUAUGUAAGAUUCCGGGUUAUCCAUCUUCAUCCCCCUGCGCUGUGACUUGCCGGAAAACUAGGGACGCGACAAGCGGCAUGUGCUUAACAACAAGAGAAGGGUUGCAGUGCUAUUGUAACUUUUGCAGCAUAAGCCACAAGCAAAUCCGCUAA